AUGAAACUGAGAGGGAAAGUAUUGAAAAGGAAACUGGACGCAACUAGGGUUGUUCAAGGUACAGACGCUACUAGGGUUGUUCACGGUACAGAGGCUGCUAGGGUCGUUCACGGUACAAACGCUGCUAGGGUUGUUCACGGUACAGACGCUACUAGGGUUGUUCACGGUACAGAAGCAACUAGGGCUGUUCACGGUACAGAUGCUCCUAGGGUUGUUCACGGUACAGACGCUACUAGGGUUGUUCAAGGUACAGACGCUCCUAGGAAUGUUCACGGUACAGACGCUACUAGGGUUGUUCACGGUACAGACGCUGCUAGGGUUGUUCACGGUACAGACGAUGCUAGGGUUGUUCACGGUACAGACGCUACUAGGGUUGUUCAAGGUACAGACGCUACUAGGGUUGUUCACGGUACAGACGCAACUAGGGUUGUUCAAGGUACAGACGCUCCUAGGAAUGUUCACGGUACAGACGCUACUAGGGUUGUUCACGGUACAGAAGCUCCUAGGGUUGUUCACGGUACAGACGCAACUAGGGCUGUUCACGGUACAGAUGCUCCUAGGGUUGUUCACGGUACAGACGCUACUAGGGUUGUUCAAGGUACAGACGCUCUUAGGGUUGUUCACGGUACAGAAGCUCCUAGGGUUGUUCACGGUACAGAUAUGUUCACGGUACAGACGCUCCUAGGAAUGUUCACGGUACAGAUGCUACUAGGGUUGAUCAAGGUACAGACGCUACUAGGGUUGUUCACGGUACAGACGCAACUAGGGUUGUUCAAGGUACAGACGCUCCUAGAAAUGUUCACGGUACAGACGCUACUAUGGGUUGUUCAAGGUAUAGAUGCUACUAGGAUUAUUCAAGGUACUUACGCAACUAGGGCUGUUUAA